CCCAUGUUUUGGAAAGUUCGUGAAUUGUCAAAGUAGCAUGGAUACACAGAAUGGGAUUUUAUCGGCAGUGUCAAAAAAUGGAAGUGACUACUUAAUUUUAAUAUGCUAAAAUGGAACUUAAGAACGAUAAUGUACUAACAAGAUUCGUCCCACAAAAAAAAAGGCGGGAUAGUCGCUUUCAGGCUUCUCCCUGAUGGGAAGCACGUGAUUGUAAUGUUUGACCAGUUAACCUGUACAUGAAGCGUUGUUUAUUAUUAUCCAAAUGUUUUACAAAUAUGUAAUUACAGCAGAAAAGUAGUGUAUAUUUUUGUAAAAUUGUAUUUUCGCAAUUAUUAUUUGCGAACUACAUACGCAUCUAAUGAGCGCUAAUGAGAAGUUUGAGGGUUAGGUUGGCACAUACGCUCGUUACGAAUUAUAAUUUAUAGCUGAAAAAAAGCAAAGCUUUUAAAGGAAAAGUUUUUAAUUUUGAUAAAUACGAUGCAACAUAGUUUGUUUUCUCAGAAUGUGCAUACGAAAAAUCACGAUUAAGAUAGAUUUGUAUAUAUGUAAUUAAGGUUUAUAACACCUUUAUUUAUACGAUUGUUUGACUUUCUCUAAGUGUUUUUGAGUGCUGCAUUUAGAAGAAAGUCCAGUAUCAUGACUGGUACUAUGAGACAGCUAGAGGAGCGUCAGCUCCCCGCAGAGGUGACGACGAUGUUAUGGUCACCAAAAAUGGAUCUUUUAGCAAUUAGCAAUGUAAAAGGUGAAGUCGUUCUUCAUCGACUCACAUGGCAGAGGGUGUGGUUAUUGAGCCCUCAAGAAGAGUCUGAUACCUCUGUUCAUCUGGCAUGGAGACCAGAUGGAAAGCUUCUUGCAGUAUGCUAUGAAAUUUCCAAACAACUCUGUCUUGUUGAUGUUGAAACUAAGAAUAUUAUUCAUAAAACCAAAUUGCCAGGCAAUGAAUCUGCUGUCUGUAUCAAGUGGUUGUCGUUGUCCAACACUGAACAUGAAAGUUCAUUGACGAACGAUAAAACUAAUAAACCUACCGGCGAAUACCUACCACCUCUACCUAAUUUAAUUAGAAGUUACAGUACAGAACCUGAACGGAAAGAAUUUUUAACUCAUAGUUUAGAUAUGCUCUUUAUUGGUCAAAAAAAUGGUACAGUUUUAAUGUAUAUCUUUGGUAUGUUUUAUUGUGGCACUAUAUCUGUGGGGCAUGGAGAAAUUUUACAGAUUGUAGGUGGAGCUAAUGAUCCAAUAUGGAUUACAUGGAAAUACAAUGAUAAUUAUGUUAAGAUAACUAGAGUGUCUUGUCCACUGUUUGAGAGAAGUACAGCAUUUCUCAAGGUUGCGCAAAUUCAAGCCAACAUAGAAUGUUUGAAAGAUUAUCUUUCACGUACUUUGAUGGCCACCUGUGAAGCUUGGGAGACAAUACUUUUGGAAAUGGAUGAGAAACUCACACGAUAUGCAGAGGCAAAUCAACCUGGUGUUAUGGCCGCGGAUUUUCUAGAAUUAUUAAUGAUUGGAAUACCCACAAAAAGCUUAGAAACUUUUCUACUUCGAGAUCUCACGGAGAAAGGAUUGAAAAAAUUUGGACACAGUAUUGAAAUGUGUUAUUGCAACAUACAGAAACUGGUCUCGAAAAAUUUAACUAGUGUGGGUAUGGCUUUGGUUUAUCAAUUAACUGAAUUGAGAGGUAUGGCAAGAGUAGGCGGUACAUACGAAGCGUUAGGUUUACGUGACGAAACACUCAUAACUAAUGCUAUUAAUGAAUCUGAAGCUUUCUUGGCAAAAUCAUAUGAAAUCGAGCAAGUUAUAGAUCAGAGUAUGCGCAAUUACAAAGCAUUUUUCCGAUGGCUGUACGUAGCGAUUCUUCAACUAACGGACGAAAGAGCACCAUCGGAAGUGAGCCGUGUAAGUCAACAGGAAUUAACAUUUAUCGCAGAAUUUCUGAGUGACUUCGACAAGCCAAGAGCAAAUGGCAGAGUAAAUUUGGAAAAAUUGGGUCAAUAUCUACGUCAUGAAAAUCUGCAAACUCCCUUAACUUCAGAGGGAAGUGAAUGGGCUGCCAUGCUCGAUGAAAACGAUUGUUUGCGCGAUUAUGCACAUAUAGUAAAGCAGAAUUUUAAUUUAUCUUUAUUACAAUCUCAUACAAAAUUAGUCGCUGCUGUAGAAAAUGUUUUUGCCAAAGCCUACCAAAGCUUGGUUGAUCACUUCAUGAUGCUCUCUAUCUCUUUACCAUCAUUUAUAUCUCUUUUUACUACCAGUUACAUUUCGCAAAUUGUAACAAACGAUAGAAAUCUCUUGUUAGCUAUAAGUGAUGCUGACAGUAAAUUUUUAAGGCUUUUUAAUGUCAAGUAUUCAUCAAUAGAACCUGUAUCUCUUAGUUCAAAAAUGGCCACGAUAGAUGUGGGUCACAAGCAAGCAUGUCUUGGAGAAUAUUCAAAGGAAAGCAUCGACACUGUAAUAGCAGAUCUGCAAUUUUACUCACAAGAUUAUCUCAGCUUGCUUAUAUUAAAUAAACAAACUCGUGCAUCAUUUCUCAUACAACUGCCAUUACAUAUUUCUAACGUAUCUAUAUUCGAAUAUCAAGAUGACGAUACAAUAAUAUCAAUAACAGAUUUUAUCGGUGCAACGUGGCCGAAACCAUUUUUGGGAAUAUCUGCAAGACGACUAGCGGUCAGUGGCCCUCGAAAAAUAGCCGCUAUUUUGAGUGAAAAUAAUAGAAAGAUUCGUUUAAUCGAAACUGAAGCGGAACCCGAAGAUGAGGAAGAUGAUGACGAGGAGGAAAAUCGAUUUGUAGAAAGUAUGAUGGAUACUACACCUAGUGAACAUUUGCCUGCGAAAACAACAAAAACUGAUGGACAAGAGUUUUAUAAAGAAGAAAACAGUUGAAAUAGAAGUGAAACACACUUAUGAAUUUAUACAUAUAAAAAAAA